GACACGCAUAGGAACAGGACAACCACAUACGCAUCCACGGUAGAGAUGACCGGAGAAAACGCCGAGCUGAAGCUGGUCGGGCAGUGGGCGAGCGCAUUCGUCACAAGAGUGAAACUUGCUCUCCACCUCAAGGGUCUUAGCUACGAGAGCAUCGAGGAGGAUCUCCGCAACAAGAGCGAGCUGCUCCUCGCCUCUAACCCGGUGCACAAAGCGGUUCCAGUACUGAUCCACAACGGCAAGCCCAUCUGCGAAUCGCAGAUCAUCGUGCAGUACAUCGACGAAACCUUCGUCGGCAAUGGUCCAUCCCUCCUCCCGGCUGACCCCUAUGAACGCGCCGUUGCUCGCUUCUGGGCUGCCUACAUUGAAGAAAAGCUGGUUGCCCCAUGGGAUCAGGUGUUCAGGGUCAAGACGGACGAGGAGAGGGCCGAGGCGAUGAAGCAGAUGUUCGCAGCAGUGGAUGUUCUGGAGGGAGGCCUCAAGGAGUGCUCCAGGGGCAAGUGCUUCUUCGGCGGCGACAACGUCGGGUACGUGGAUGUAAUUCUGGGUGGUGCAGCCUCGUACGCCAAGGCAAACGAGGCGCUCUUUGGUGCCAAGCUCUUCGACGCCGCCAAGACGCCGCUCCUGGCCGCGUGGCUGGAGCGCUUCAGCGAGCUCGACGCGGCGAAGGCGGUGCUGCAGGAUGUCGACAGGGUGGUCGAGCACGGCAAGUUUCUGAUAGCAAAGAAUUCCGCCCGGGCUUCUUCAAACAACUAACUGAACCGGAGUGGCGACGGCGACGUGGUUUCUGCUGGGUUGGAGAAAAAUAUGGUCCUAUAGUUUUCUGAUUGGAUUGCAAAUGAUACAGUGUGUUGCUGGUGGCUGUAUUUGCCACUCGAACAGUGUGUGAUUGGUGUAAGGAAUAAGCUGAAAAAAUGUGGGCGGUCUAGAAUACAACUUUUGUGUAGUCAUUGUUUUCUCGUGGAGUGUUUACCUAUGAGCAACUUUGAGAGAUUAAUCAGCAAAUCUUAACA